UAUCUUUCUUACUCACUCCGUUGGGUAAACCACACCCUCAUACUAGAAAAAUGGGGUCUCGUACACAAAACCUCUCUUUUCUUAUCCUCCUCCUCCUUGGCUUUCUUGCCGUCUCCUUCGCUUGCGACUGUAGUCCUCCUAAACCAUCACCUCACCCCCACAAACCGCCAAAACAUCCCAGCAAACCGCCUAAACCACCGGCAGUAAAACCUCCCAAACCACCCACCGUCAAACCACACCCACACCCUAAACCCCCUACCAAACCGCCCACUGUCAAACCACACCCACACCCACAUCCGAAACCCCCUACCAAACCUCAUCCCACCCCGAAACCACCCACGAAACCGCCCACCGUUAAACCCCCUCCGUCCACCCCUAAACCGCCCACGAAACCGCCAACUGUUAAACCACCUCCGUCCACCCCUAAACCACCCACUCAUAAGCCUCCACCCGUCGUAACGCCGCCAUCUCCGUGCCCACCGCCACCGCCAUCACCGUGUCCACCGCCACCUGUUGUAACGCCACCAAGCCCGGUCGUAACACCACCAAAUCCACAGCCAGAGACUUGCCCAAUCGACACGUUGAAGCUAGGCGCUUGUGUGGACGUUCUUGGAGGUUUGAUUCACAUCGGGCUUGGUAAAGGGUACGCUAAAGAAAAGUGUUGUCCGGUUUUGGGAGGUUUAGUUGACCUAGACGCAGCCGUUUGCUUAUGUACCACCAUUAAAGCCAAACUUCUCAACAUCAACCUUAUCAUCCCAAUUGCUCUUGAGGUUCUUGUCGCGUGUGGAAAGACUCCACCGCCUGGCUUCAAAUGUCCAGCUUGAUUUAUGAAGAGUCUUCCGAAGCUUUUGUUUCUGUAGAAUGUGUUGGUUUGAUGAUCUCUUUUGACGAGAGGUUAAUUUGUGUGUGUGGUACCUUUUAUCACUUGUUUCAUUUGAUACAAUAAAAUGGUUUAUUUGUGUGUUUCAUGUUGUACUUUUAGUAAGAAGAAAACUGUGAAACGGUAACUUUUUCUAAAUAUUAAACAAGUUUGUAUC